UUUGCGCGCCCAUCUUAAAAAAUAAAAAACCCUAAAAGUUUCUCUCUUUUCAAAAAACAAAAUCCCCUUCCCCUCUUUCUCUCUCCUAUUUUCCCUCCGAUACUCCCCCGCUCUAACUCUCUCUCCCCGUUCUUCGAUUUCUUUCUGUAAAUCCCAUUUUCAUGGAAGAUCAGAAGGUCUUAGAUCUAGUCAAAGAGCUAGUUAAUCGCUUAAUCUCACAACCCCAGAACCCUAAUCCUAACCCUAAUCAACCCAUUUCCGUAAACCCUAAUUCCUCUUCCGUCGACCUUAAUCACUCCCAUCAAGCUCUUCGUUAUGCAAUUCGCAUCUUAUCUAGUCGAAUGACGCCUUCAAUUGCUGUCGACGAAGCUGCAAUGGCGGAAUCAAUCAAGCGCCAGCUCGUCACUCAAGGUAAAUCCUCCGAAGCCCUCACUUUUGCCGAUCUUUAUUCGAAAUUUUCCUCGAAAACUGGUCCUGGGAGUAUAAAUAACAAAUGGGCGGUUUUGUAUUUACUUAGAGUUGUAUCAGAAGACCGUAAAAUUUCUAGAAAACAACCGAAUUCCACAGUUUCUAGGGGUUUGCCGGCGAUUUUUGAUUCCCAAUUGAGUGAUAAUUCGAGGGUUUCUCGUGAUAAGGAAAGGGGUUGGAGUGGUGGGGUUUUAGUGGUGUCAAAAGAUCCUGAGAAUAUUCGUGAUAUCGCGUUUCGAGACUUUGCUAACCUGUUGAAGGAAGAGAAUGAAGUUUCUGAGGAGGUUUUGGUUAGGGAUGUGUUGUAUGCUAGUCAAGGAAUUGAUGGAGCUUAUGUAAAGUUUGAUGAAAACAUAGAUGGAUAUGCUUUGUCUGAUUCAAUUAAGGUACCUAGAGCUACUAGGAUUAUGAUCCAGAAGCUAUGUGAGUUAGGUUGGUUGUUUAGGAAAGUUAAGGGGUACAUAUCGGAGAGCAUGGACCGUUUUCCAGCUGAAGAUGUUGGAACUGUUGGGCAAGCUUUCUGUGCUGCGUUGCAGGAUGAGCUGACUGAGUAUUAUAAGCUUUUGGCGGUGCUUGAAGCACAGGCGAUGAAUCCUAUUCCGCUAGUAUCUGAAAGUGCCAGUUCAGGGAAUUAUCUCUCUUUAAGAAGAAUUUCAGUUUGGUUUGCGGAGCCUAUGGUGAAGAUGCGGCUUAUGGCUGUUUUGGUUGAUGUUUGUAAAGUUUUGAGAGGUGGGGCUAUGGCAGGGUCUAUUCAUAUGCAUGCCCAACAUGGGGACCCUCUUGUGCACGAUUUUAUGAAACGUUUGCUGCGUCGGGUUUGCUCUCCCCUGUUUGAAAUGGUUAGAAGUUGGGUCUUGGAAGGAGAGCUUGAAGAUAUAUUUGCUGAGUUUUUCGUUGUUGGGCAGCCUGUCAAGGCUGAAUCCCUUUGGAGGGAGGGUUAUCGGCUCCAUCCUGGGAUGCUUCCUUCUUUCAUCUCCUCAUCUCUCGCACAGCGCAUUUUAAGGACAGGGAAGUCAAUUAAUUUCCUUAGGGUAUGUUGUGAGGACAGAGGCUGGGCUGAUGCUGCGACUGAGGCUGCAGCUGCUGCUGGAACAACAACUGGGAGAGGUGGUCUUGGGUAUGGAGAAACUGAUGCUCUUGAACUAUUGGUUGCUGAAGCGGCUAAGAGAAUUGAUAAGCAUCUAUUGGAAGUUAUUUACAAUCGCUACAAGUUUAAAGAUCAUUGUUUGGCAAUCAAACGGUAUUUGUUGCUUGGACAGGGUGACUUUGUGCAGUAUCUGAUGGACAUAGUUGGGCCAGAACUCUCUGAGCCUGCCAACACUAUUAGCACAUUUAAGCUGGCGGGUCUGUUGGAAACCGCUAUCAGGUCAUCAAAUGCACAGUAUGAUGAUAGUGAUAUAUUGGAUAGACUGAGAGUCAAGAUGAUGCCACAUAAUACCGGAGAUAGGGGAUGGGAUGUGUUCUCGCUUGAAUAUGAUGCCAGAGUUCCACUAGAUACGGUUUUCACAGAAUCUGUUAUGUCAAGGUAUCUAAGAAUUUUCAACUUUUUGUGGAAGCUUAGACGAGUUGAGCAUGCGCUGAUAAGUACAUGGAAAACAAUGAAGCCAAAUUGUAUCACUUCUCGCUCCUUUAUCAAAUUGCAACAAGCAGCUAAGGUGAAGUUGCUUUCAACUUUGCGGAAGUGCCAAGUUCUUUGGGAUGAGAUGAAUCAUUUUGUCUCAAAUUUGCAGUACUACAUUAUGUUUGAAGUUUUGGAGGUAUCAUGGUCUAAUUUCUCUAAUGAAAUGGAAGCCUCAAAAGAUCUUGAUGACCUACUUGCUGCCCAUGAAAAGUAUCUCCAUUCUAUAGUUGAGAAGUCUCUUCUUGGAGAGAGAUCGCAAAGUUUAUACGAGACACUAUUUGUUUUGUUUGACCUGAUACUGCGGUUCCGGAGUCUAGCAGACAGAUUAUAUGAAGGCAUAUAUGAAGUGCAAGCAAGGUCUACUGAUGAUAAGAAAAAACCAUCCAGGCAAUUAAGUGGCAAAUCUGCAGAACCUGGAUCGUGGGCCACUGAGGGCAGGAAGGCCUUAACCCAACAUGCCUCCAAAUUUCUCAGCACUAUGAGUCAGGAACUGGAUGAUAUUGGAAAGAAGUAUUCAUCACUUCUUACAGGAUUCAUCUCUGAGCUGCCAGUACAGCAACACAUUGACCUGAAAUUUCUCCUUUUCCGGCUUGAUUUCACUGAAUUCUAUAGCCAGUCACGACCAAACAUAUAAUGACGAUGCCAAUAGUGGUUAAGUCUUUGAGAUAGUGCUUUGAAAUUGAAAAGCAAAAUAUUUGUUGAGUGCUUCUAUUGAUUGCUUGAAUCAUUUGUUUGCUCCUAGUUUUCGAAUGGGAUCAGUUGCUGAAGCUGCUUAGCAUAAAGUGCUUCCACGAGUGAGAAAGAAGCAUGUGUUCUUGAUUUUAGGUCGUUACUGACAAACUAUUCAGGGCCGAGCUUCUUGGGACUUGCACCAAUUCUGUCGAGGUUUGUUUCUUGACCCCAUACAUCAGGCAAUGUCAUCAUAUCGUGUGAGUGGGUCUGUAAAUCUGCUGAAUAUUAAUCUGGGGGAACUGGCAGCAUCCUGUUGAUGGUAGUUCAUAGUUGUGUAAAUUAGUGGACCAUUAUACAAGUAUUACCAGAUUUUCAACUCAAUAUGCAUUUUCAUACUUAUUUUUUUAAUAUUUGUGGGGGUGGGGGUGGGGGGGGGGGGGGGGGGGGGGACCAUUAUACAAGUACUAAUAAGAAUUACUGGUUGGUCACCCAGAUGCAACCUUGAGUAGUGUUUUUUAGCACAGUUACUCAAGAAGUCCAAGCACUUAGAUGCUAGUGGUUUGGUUUAGGCUGUUUAGCUGAAUGCUACGUCCUAUUUUGUGCAAUUAGCACAUUUUUGUACAUUUUUUUUCAAGCCAUUGAUCGACUUGUUACUAGCACUUUGUUUCU